CAAAGUUCUGUCCAUAAUUCUGUAUUUCACUUUAUCUAUUACCGAAAUGGCUUCUUCUAAGCUCAGAAGGUCAUGUUCCUUCCCAAAUCUUCUCCUCUCAUGUUUGAAUUUCUUCCUCUUCAUUCUCUCUGCAGCCUCUCUUCUCCCCACAAUUAUCCUCAAAAUGCCACCCACGUCACUGGGCUGGGCUCUCCUCAUGGUCUCCUGCAUCUCCCUUCUCUCCUCCUUUGUGGGUUUCUUCUCUCAGCUCACCCACCUGUGCUUCAUAACCCAUGUCUCCUUCCUCCUCGCCUCGUCAAUCGGGCAGUUACUUGGCAUCCUAGCUCUGUUCACCAAAGAGAAAUCGAGCCUUUCGAUGCUAAAGUCACCAAGAGACCCGAGGGAGGCAAAGCUGCUGGUCAGGCUGGAAUGUGGGAUUUUGAUGGCCAUGUUUGUGGUGCAAGUGGGUGUUCUGAUCCUGACUUGUGCUGUUCACAGCUGUUGGGUGAGAGAGUAUGAAGGUUUGGAGGCUGAGAGAGAGGCCACAGCCAGGAAGAGGAGCCGGAGGAUGGCAAAGGUGCAGGAGGAGUCCAUGGAAAAUGCAGCCAAAAUAGCUGAGAUGAAAGCCAAGGAGUUGGAUGAGAAGAUGAAGAACAAGUACGGACAAUGGGUGAAAACCGACUUCGAAGGCUAAGGACUGAUAUGCUUACAAUCAGUGUUGUGAGAGUGAGUUGAUUUGUGAUUGUGGAUUGUUUUGGGGGUCACUAUGGGGUGGCCAGUGGAUUCAUCUGUUAUGUUCCCUUCACUUGUCUUAUUGCAAGUUUCAAGUAGGAAGCCCACUUGUAAUAGCAACAAUAACAACCAGCAUGACGAUUGGGAGAAACUAUGCAUUAAAU